AUGCCCCGCCAGGCAACAAGCGAGGGUUGGUACAGAUCGCUUGCGGCCGUAAUCGCUGCCGUAGUUGCGGUCCUCGUGCCGGUCAUGAGGACGGCAUCGGCCGAGCCGCAAGGCGAGAGCGUCUCCGCGGCUGCUGCAGGAGAAGCACCGGCGACAAUGCCAUCAGGAUUCGGGCCGGGUGGCCUGCAGAACAGCACAAUAAGGAGCAGGAGCAGGUGGUUGUACCACUUCGACGUGACAAAGGAGGGGGUGCCGUGCAAGCGAAACCCUCUACUGGACCUGGAGGUGGACCCCGCAAACUAUGAGUUCGGCUGCAGGGACAUCAAGAUCAUGCUGGAGGGGAAGAAGACGCUUGUCGGUAGCGGCAGCGUGCGUGACGUUUUCCUGGUGGAGUACGAGGGACAGACCGUUGUGGUCAAAUCGCUACGGAGAAAGGAUGACCCAAAUGUCGAAAAGCACCGUCUCGUCAUGCACAAGCUGGAAGUGCUUACGCUAGAUGCACUGAGGGGGAAUCGCAACAUCGUCGGCAUGCUCGGUGUGUGCGGCACUACCGUGGUGACGGAGUACUUCCCGACCAACGUCGUGUACUACGCAUUCCAAAGCAGAGAGCGAUUAUCGAUUCACGCGGUCGUUUCCAUGUCGCUGGACGCCGCAAGAGGGCUUCAGGCUCUGCACGAAGUCGGUUGCGUCCACGUCGACUUAAAGCCGAUGCAGCUGCUGGUGGACGACAACCGGCGCGUGAUGGUGAACGAUUUCAACAGCGUCCACGUCAUGGGCAUUAGCCCAACCGACGGGGCGUUCUGCCCAGUGCGGGCCAAGAAACGAAACCGUCUCGAGGCCUGGCCGUCGCCCGAAAACUACGCCGGACAGCCCUUGACGGAGACCUCGGACAUCUACAGCAUGGCCAUGGUUUUUUACUCGCUGCUUUCCGGGACGCCGCCAUUCGGAGGUCCAGAAGGCCUGGCGGAGGCCUUUGCAACCCGAACUCAGCCUCGUCCUCUCGUGGAUCCUUCAUGGCACAGGGGAUACGUGCAGAUCGUCCAAGACAUGUGGAAUGAGGAUCCCAUGCGAAGGCCCUCGGCGAGACAGAUUGUCGCGCGGUUGGAGAUUAUUGAGGAGGACCUGGGGCCGUAG